AAAAGAAAAACAACAAUAUUAAUUGUUAUUACAAAAGCCAAGGGAAGAUACACAGAAGCUGCAAGUGCAACGCUGUUCUAGGAUUGUUCCUCCAUUUAUGUUUGCCAAAUUUUCCAGAAAAAGAGCAUUCUCUAUCAUUUCGACUAUGUGGGGGCACUAAAUGGUGGACAAAUGCAUUCUCCUUUUUUUCCAUUUUCUUCCAAGUGGUCUGGACAAUUUACUUACUGCUGCAUUUAGAAUUGCUCAUAUCGAUUUGUCCAGAAAAACUGAGGAGCUAGGCCAAGGAGCAAGGGUGGGCUCAUGGUUCAUAUCAUCCACAGCCACAAGGAUCAAGCUGGUCUUGAUCAAUCUGCAAUAAUCCAGGUUGGUUAAGUACUUUGGAUUUGAAAAUACAUAGCUGCAAUAAUUUACUGAUUUUGUUGUAAUUAUGGGGUCUGUGGCUCUGAACUUUGUUGGAGGAAUCCCUUUCCAAGGGCUGUAUGAUGUAGUUAAGGUGGCCGUUCACAAAAGUAGAAAGUUUAAAAUCAACCUCAUAAAUCUCGAAUUCACACUACGCUGUUUAGAAUCACGGACUCUCGAACAGAUAGGAGAAAAUAACAUUCGACUAAAUCUCCCAACCAAUACAGUGGCAGAGCUUGAAAAAAAAUGAAUGAGGGUAAAGCGCUUGUGAGUAAGUUAUCCGAGCUUAGCAUGUGGAACAUUCUCAUUUGGGGCAAUUGCUGCAACUGCAUAGGGCCUGAUUAUGCAAAACAACUUGAUGAAUUGAAUAUUUUUCUUUGGAGUCUGGUAGAAUCACUACGGCUGGAGCAAAUGAGGAAUGUAACCGAGCUCGUAUGUUUGGCAAGACACUUCAAAGACAGACAAGAUGAUAUGGAGAAAAGACAAGCUGAAAUGGAGAAAAAAGUAGAUGGUAUAUUGAGGGGGCAGCAGGAAGUCUAUGAUAUAUUGAUAAAGCAGCAAGAGACAAUACAGAGACUUGUUCCUAAUAGCAUGCAACAAGCUCCAUCAUCAAGCGGAGUAGGGGCUGCUGAUCCUGCUCUAGGAGUAGUAUUCCGACAGUUGGUUGAUGCUGUCAUACAAGUGAAAAUCGAGAACAUGAUGUUUAAAUGCCUCCUCGACACAUUCAAAUCCACACUCUACUGCUUACAACCACUGAUAGAAGAGGUAGCCGAACAUGGCAGGGUAGUGCAUCUUCCAGAGCAAGAAGUGGAAAAGCUUAUUAUACAAAUAGUGAAUGGUGUGGAGCUUGUUCACAAAUGCUCCAAGGUAGAAAGGAAUAUGAAGGAGGCCAUUGAUUCUGCAAACAACAUAGAGAUGGCGAUCAAGAAAAUUGAAGAUGAAGAUUUAUGUGACGUGCAGCUGCCUGAACUUCUUUCAACUGCAGUUGGAUUUGAUAUGCUCAAUAUGCAGGGACUAAGAGAUGUGACUGAGGAGGCUUUGUUGGACUCGGCAAGUGUCAAAGAUGAGGGAGUCAAGCAAACUGAAGGUUUAUCUGACGUGCUGCCUGAACUUCUUUCACCUGCAGAUGGAUUGGAUGUACUGAAUAUGCAGGGAUCAUUGGAUCUUAUUACCGCAAAUAUCCAAGUGGUGGUCACAGAAUCGGAAGAAAUAGAGGCCAUUGAUAAUUCAACAAGGAAUGUGCAGGAAGAAGAAAAAGUAGAGCUGGGGCACUCAACGCCUUCUUCUCACCAUAAUCCCCAAUUCAACAGCAUGUUGGAGGGUCCUUCCUAUCUUGUUUCAAAGCAGCUUCCGAGCUCCUGUGAGCAAGAGAGUCGGUGGAUGUACAACACUGAACGUGUUCUUGAUUUCUCGAACAGUAAGCGCCCACUUGAAGAUGGGGAAGAGAUGGCAUUGAUGAAGGUAUGCAAGCACGCAGAUGCUGUUGACAGAGUGGAAGCAGUGAUGGAUAAUCUUGCUCUUUCCCAUGCCAACUCUGACCAGCCAAAUGACCAGAAUCAUGAGGGGAAAAAAUAUGAUCCGGCUUCACUAUUCCACCAACUAGGAAGGGACGUCUCAGUAGACUGUCUCGUUCGUUGUUCUAGGGCUGAUUACGGCUCAGUUGCCAUGCUGUGUAGGAGUUUCCAUUCUCUAAUUCGGAGUGGAGAGCUGUACACUCUGAGGCGGAAAAUGGGUAUUGUAGAACAUUGGGCUUACUUCUCUUGUGCUCUCUCUGAAUGGUGGGCAUUUAAUCCAGAUCGUGGACGUUGGAUGCCUUUGCCUAAAAUAGAAUCAAAUGAAAGUUUCAUGUAUUCAGAUAAGGAGUCUUUAGCCGUUGGCACCGAACUUCUUGUAUUUGGAAAGGAAAUAAUGUCCCAUGUGUGUUACAAAUACAGCCUUUUGACACACAGGUGGUCAUCCGGCCGUUUGAUGAAUACACCUAGGUUCUUGUUCGCUUCCGCUAGCAGUGGGGAAAUUGCCAUUGUAGCUGGCGGUUGCGAUCUAUGUGGCAAUAUCUUGAGCACUGCUGAGCUCUACAAUUCAGAAACAGGAACUUGGUUGACUCUUCCGAGCAUGCAUGAACCUAGAAGAAUGUGUUCUGGGGUAUUUAUGGAUGGGAAGUUUUAUGUCAUUGGCGGGAUUGGUGGCAGCUCAGCUGGGGAGGUUUAUGAUUUGGAGAGGGGGACUUGGACUGAGAUACCUAACAUGCACCCUAGAAAAAAGAAAGGGGCUGGAGCAACUGAUGUGCCUGCUAUAGCUGGGUCACCUCCUCUGGUUGCAGUUGUAAAUAACAUACUGUAUGCUGCAGAUUGGGGAAAACUGGAGGUAAGAAAAUAUGAUAAGGAGAGGAACGUGUGGGUUACUAUUGGGGGAUUGCCUGAGCGGACAUACUCAAUUAAUGGUUGGGGAGUAGCAUUUCGGGCAUGUGGUAAUCGGUUAAUUAUAAUCGGUGGACGUAGGGGUUCAAGCGUAGAGCAAAUUGGAGUAGAGCAAAUUGAAGUCAAUUCUUGGGUCCCUGAUGAAGGUCCGCCGCAGUGGAACCUGCUCGCUAUAAGGGAAGAUUUGCGAGGCUUUGUCUAUAAUUGUUCAGUGAUGGGAUGCUGAGGUGUCCGGUUUCCGUGACACCAUUUGCUGGUUAGAAGGUGUGUUGCGUCUCGUCUUUAUCCCUUUGUUACCUUGAGAGCUUUUCAAAGGUUGUGUCAUGUAGAAGUAGCAAAGAUGAAUAAGCUGAAGCCCUGGUACAUUUGUAGGUUGUGACGUCCAUUUCAAAAGUUUCAUUGAAACAUUGCAGAAUUAUGUUAUGGUUCAAGUUUUCUUUUUCUUUA